AUCACUUUACCACCACCUUAGCUUGAUAUAUACAUUACAACUCUCUCUCUCUCUCUGCUUGAUAUAUACAUUACAACUAACUCUCUCUCUCUCUCUGCUUGAUAUAUACAUUACAACUCUCUCUCUCUCUCUCUCUCUCUGUGAGCAAAUAAAGAGCUUGUAGUGUAUUUCCUUGUCCAACCAGCUAGCAUCAUCUCUGACAUUAAUUAAGGUAUCAUACAUGAGGGUUUCAUUCUCAGCAUGCAACCAAGCACAACCCAUAGUGAGUUUUUCCCAGCAAUAUCGGAAGGACAAGGUUGUGGUUGUGUUGGGAGCCACCGGCACCGGAAAAUCAAGGCUUUCCAUUGACUUGGCCACCCGGUUCCCGGCGGAGAUAGUAAACUCCGACAAAAUGCAAGUCUACAAAGGCCUUGAUAUAGUCACCAACAAAGUAACCGAGGAGGAGCGCCGCGGAGUGCCCCACCAUUUGCUAGGGUUUGUAGACCCUAAUGUGGACUUCACCACCCUUGAUUUUAGACGUCAUGCAUCGACUGCUGUUGAAUCCAUCGUGAGGCACAACCGCCUCCCGAUCAUCGUCGGUGGUUCCAAUUCGUACAUCAAGGCACUUGUGAACGAUGAUGUGGAAUUUCAAUCAAAAUAUGAGUGCUGCCUGCUUUGGGUGGAUGUAUCGUUACCCGUCCUAUAUACGGUUGUAUCAGAACGGGUCGAUGAAAUGGUAGAGGCAGGUCUGGUAGACGAGGUUAGAGAAAUGUUUGAUCCGAAAGCCGAUUAUGGGCAUGGAAUCCGGCGCGCCAUUGGAGUUUCAGAAAUGGAUCGUCUUUUACGAUACGGAUCAGAUAGAAAUGGCAAUACCAAAGCUGUGUUACUUGAGGAAGCCAUCGAGAAAAUCAAGUCCAACACUUGCAAAUUGGCCAGUCGCCAGUUGCUAAACAUUUUGAGGCUAGAAAACCAACUUGAGUGGAAAAUGCACCGUCUUGACGCCACCGAAGCGUUUGCAAAGCGCAGUGGUGGUGGAGAUGUUGCAGCCUGGGAGAAGUUUGUGUUGGAGCCAAGCUUUAUUAUUUUGGACAAGUUCUUGUACAGGAAUGGUUUCCGGCCGGCAACCAUUGCCACCCCUGCCUUUCACUCCACGACCCCUACGUCCUUCAUCAUCGGAGCAACUACGCCGAUAGUAGCCGCAACAGUUGCAGGCACAACACAUUAGCAUAACUUAUUCAAUAUAUUCUUCUUCUUUCGGCAUGGUUUUUUAUUUCUUUUUCCUCGGCGAAAAUUAGUAUUGUGAAAGUCAAGGUUCUAAAUAUUGUAUCAAACAAGGUACUGUUUUUCUCCCUGAUACGGAACAUACAGAUCGAUACUGAUCAGAUAUUGAGUACAAUUUCGAUUUA